AUGGAGAGCUCAAGGAUUGUGAUCAGAGUGCUGCUUAUCACGCUACCUUUCAUCAUGUGCAAUGGACAACACUCACCUGAGAUAUCUGCAGAGGAUUUACAGACCUCUGAUGUAAACCUGGACAAGGAGAUGGUUGAAGUGAUGGAGGAUCUUUUGUCAAGGCUUCAGAGCAGAUUUACAUCGACAGAGAAACGCACCAUUCCAGUGUGUGCAGUUGGCUCCCGCUGUGUAAUGAGGUUUGGUCCCCGCUUUGGGCAGCUGUGUGAAUGUAGCCAAGGCUCCUACUGCAAUUCUUACCUGCUAAAGUGCAUCUGA